AUGGGGAAGCCGGCGAGGAAGGGAUGCGACUGCAGGCGCUUCCUGAAGAACAACUGGCUGCUACUGUCCACCGUGGCCGCCGUGGUGCUAGGGAUCACCAUAGGAGUCUUGGUUCGAGAAUACAGCAAGCUCUCUAGUCUGGAGAAAUUCUACUUUGCUUUUCCCGGGGAAAUCCUAAUGAGGAUGCUGAAACUCAUCAUUUUGCCAUUAAUUAUAUCCAGCAUGAUUACAGGUGUAGCUGCGCUGGAUUCCAGUGUAUCUGGGAAAAUUGGUCUGCGUGCCGUCAUAUAUUAUUUCUGUACUACUGUCAUUGCUGUAAUUCUAGGCAUCGUGCUGGUGGUGAGCAUCAAGCCUGGCGUGUCCCAGAAAGUGGAUGAGAUUGACAGGACAGGCAGCAACCCCGAAGUCAGUACGGUGGACGCCAUGUUAGAUCUGAUCAGGAAUAUGUUCCCUGAGAAUCUUGUCCAAGCCUGUUUUCAGCAGUACAAAACCAAACGUGAAGAAGUGAAUACUCCCAGUGAGCCAGGGACGAACAUGACAGACGCACCUGUCACGGCCAUCAUGACAACUGCCAUUUCCAAGAACAAAACACAGGAAUCCAAAAUCGUAGGCAUGUAUUCGGACGGCAUAAAUGUCCUGGGCUUGGUUGUCUUCUGCCUCGUCUUUGGACUUGUCAUUGGAAAAAUGGGAGAAAAAGGGCGGAUUCUGGUGGAUUUCUUCAGUGCUCUGAGUGAUGCAACCAUGAAGAUCGUUCAGAUCAUUAUGUGUUAUAUGCCACUCGGCAUUUUGUUCCUGAUUGCCGGGAAGAUCAUAGAAGUCGAAGACUGGGAAAUAUUCCGCAAGCUGGGCCUUUACGUGGCCACCGUCCUGAGUGGACUCGCGAUCCACUCCAUCGUCAUCCUCCCACUGAUCUACUUCAUAGUCGUACGGAAGAACCCUUUCCAGUUUGCCAUGGGAAUGGCUCAGGCUCUCCUGACAGCUCUCAUGAUCUCUUCCAGUUCUGCCACACUGCCAGUCACUUUCCGCUGUGCUGAAGGAAAGAACCAGGUGGACAGGAGGAUCACCAGGUUCGUGCUGCCCGUGGGGGCUACGAUCAACAUGGACGGGACUGCCCUCUAUGAAGCAGUGGCGGCCGUGUUCAUUGCACAGUUGAACGGCCUGGACUUGGGCAUCGGGCAGAUCAUCACGAUCAGUGUCACAGCCACGGCCGCCAGCAUCGGAGCUGCCGGGGUGCCUCAGGCCGGCCUGGUGACCAUGGUGAUCGUGCUGAGUGCUGUGGGGCUACCUGCGGAGGAUGUGACCCUAAUCAUCGCCGUUGACUGGCUCCUGGACCGGUUCAGGACCAUGGUGAACGUCCUCGGUGACGCGUUUGGGACAGGCAUUGUGGAGAAGCUGUCUAAGAAGGAGCUAGAGCAGAUGGAUGUUUCAUCGGAAGUCAACAUCGUGAACCCUUUUGCCUUGGAAUCCACAAUCCUGGAUAACGAAGACUCAGAAACCAAGAAGUCCUAUGUCAACGGAGGCUUCGCCGUAGACAAGUCUGACACCAUCUCGUUCACCCAGACCUCACAGUUCUAGGAUCCCUGGCUUCACAGGACCAGGAAUGAUGAAGAACAGCUCCAUGAGAGUCAUCUCUUAGCAAGUUCAAACAUUAAAUAGCGAAGAGAAGAACACUAAUGGCCAACUGUACAUUUGAUUUGAUAUAUAGACUUCCAGAUUAUUUUCUAUAUUUGGAUUCACAGCUUUCACUCUCCGGGUUCUGGGAUUUGGGGUGGGGUAACAUGAAAGAAAAUAGAUUAAAAGGAAAGCUGGAUCCAUGUCUGGAUUGUAAAAAUUCUAUGAGAGACAAAGUUUGGAAGCAGAUGGAGUAGUAACUGUUGGAUUAGGACAUGGAUGUGAAAGAAAAAUUGCUUUCUCAUACCCAGUCCAGUGUUUUAGGUUUUUAAAAAAAAAAAAUACUCUUGUUGAUUACAAAUUUUUACUCAAGCUUUCUAUUGGCAUGGAUUUCCUUUGACCUCUCACAUUUUUCUAGAUUAGAAUACAUAUAAACACCUCUCCCCCAUCAACGUGCCAAAUUGUCCAUUUUUAACUCAUCUCCAGCCAAUUUCAAAGUAACCGCUUUGAAAGAAAACAGACCAGCACAGUUCUGCAAUCAGUGUUUUAAGCUGGGCGUGGGGUUUUGUGGGAAGGGUUCUUUCUUCAAUGUACUGUAUUGGGACACUGGUAACUAGUAACCCAGUGUUCAGUAUAGAGCUAAAUAGAUAGAUGUGUAUAUAUUUAUUAUUUUCAUAUAGGUUGCCAGAGAUCAGAAUUGAACUGUCAAUGUGAAAUAAAGAGCUCUCCUUGUACUUGAAUAAUAACUACGAUCUCAAUCCAGAUCUGCUUUGGGACUUAUCCAUACUCCUGCCUCAGGAGCACGAGAUUGAAAAAUCAUACUGUCUGAUUAUUCCACCUCUGUGUGUCAGCCUCAAAGCAGACAUGUCUUAGGGUGAUACUCCAAGGUGGCAUUGCCAUUCAUCUACAACUCCCAGGCUCUACUGCUGGGAGGGAAUCCAUAUCAGCUCUAUGUAAGAUGGUAUACAAAGGCGUCACGCACAUAAGGCUGGAUGUGUUUUUAUCCAGCUGGACGGCUUCAUUCUUCCAAGGUCAAUUAUACCCACUUAAACAUGACAGGACUUCACCCUUUUGUACCUCUCAGGGCCCAAACCACAGUGGCAGGCUACCAGCUGAGUUGUAUUUGAACAUGGGUUUGAUGGAUUGAACAAGUCACAUUGGCCAGAAGAAGCACGGUCCCUACCCUGGAUUCUUGCAGAGUUAAGUCCCACAAUAUGAGACAUUGGUUAUCAGUGGUUCAGGGAAAUUCUUCCAUUGUAUGAAAACUCGUCUCCUCCUCAAGGGGGGAUUGUUCCAACUAGUAGUCUAGUCAUCUCGGCCCUGCUCCUUACCAUCCGUUUCCUAUCAUUCUUCUGCUAAUUUAUGAAGAUAGUUUAUUAAAAAUCUGUGCUUCAGCUCUCAUCUUGUAAAUAACACAACAUAAAAACUUGUAUUUACACUGAGAUCCAAAAUAGUCCCAUUUCUGCAGUAUCGAGUAGCCAAUUUCAGCCUGUGCUUUAGUAUUUAAGAAACCAGACACUGUGCCAAAGAUCAUGGGAAAGUAAAUAAAUGUUCACUAUUGACCACCCGUACCUGAAAUCUAGAAGAGAAUGAUACUGGAUUGUUGUGCAAACACCAUAAAUAUGGACCAGUGAUUGAAUGUGAGUUUUUAAAAUGCAAAUAUCGAUGGUGUGCAUUGGAAGUCGAUCUAAAUGUCGACGCAGUUGAAUCCAUCAUUUGUCAGGGGCUGAAAUGUCUUACCCCUUGGCCUUGGCUCAGAUUUGAGGCACAAGAGCUGGCAGAGCUGUCCGUGAGCUGCAGGUCAUCCUUAUUUUGGAGCAAGUUUAUAACCAGCGUCUUAACACACUGUGCUGUUAACUCAUAAAAGAGAACAAUGUUCCAUUUCAGUCUCAAUAAAUACUUCCGUCCCUCCUC